AUGUCCGACAAAGAAGGCGCUGCUCCUCCCACCGAGCACCUGAACAUCAAGGUGACCGAUAACAACAACGAGGUGUUCUUUAAGAUUAAGCGCACAACGCAGCUGAAAAAGCUCAUGGACGCCUUCUGCGAGCGCCAGGGCAAGCAAAUGUCCACUGUUCGGUUCCUUUUCGACGGCACCAGGGUUCGCCCCGAAGAUUCUCCCGACACUCUCGAUAUGGCAGAUGGUGAUACCUUGGAGGUGCACCAAGAGCAAAUCGGAGGAGGUUGCUAG